AUGACCCCUUCCGCGGUUCUAGAAAGGGUCAGACAUUUAAGGGCUAAAGUGAACUUUUCUUGCCCGGGCAUCGAAAGCAGACGCCAGGAAAGUCAAGAGCGACGCAAGGGCAGUGUGUCCAUCUCAGACAAAGACUUGGGACUUAAGAAGCGGGAGGCCUUCCUAGACCUUCUCUUGGAGGCCAGCGACUCAGCGGGCGCCGCCCUGAGCGACUCCGACAUCCAGGAGGAGGUGGACACCUUCAUGUUCGGGGGGAGAAACAUUUCCAUGGGUCUCGAUUAG